CGACUUAUCAGUGGGGUUUAGCAGUUCCCCCACCUCUUCCCGUACAUCCCGCGAAAAACCCUCCAUGGCGGUGUUGACGGACUCUCCAUUUCCAUUCCUUGCAACUCCUGCUGCUUCUUCUGCGGCAUCGCUCUUCGUCCCUAAAUUUUCAAUCUCGAGUUGGAAUCGCAGCGCGCGGCGCACUUUCCGUAUACCCAGCUCCCGAAUCAGCAGAGCCCCCUCUCCGCCUCUCCGCUUACCCUUCUCCAAUGCCAGACCCCUGCCAGUCGCGGCUCUGUCGGGCCGUCGAGCUAAGCGACGCCGGAACCGCCUCAGGGAGAAGCUCUUCCACGACCAAAAGGUGCGUCCCGAUUUCGCUCGUUUUGACCCCCAAUCCGAUGCUCAAGCUCCCUCUUUUGACGGCAUUCUCGAGAAUGAUGUUUUUAUCGAGAGCGGUUCUCGUAAAGAUGUCCCUUUUGAUCGUGGUGGCGAAGUUGCUGGUCUGGUAGAAUCUAAACGCAGGGUAUUGGGUGAAUCGGUUAUGUGGAGUAGAUUGGAGAACUGGGUCGAUCAGUAUAAGAACGAUCUCGAUCUUUGGGGGGUUGGUUCGGCUCCUAUAUUUACGGUGUUUCAAGAUCCCGAUGGGAAGGUUAAGCGUGUCACGGUUGACGAGGGCGAGAUAUUGAGAAGAAGCAGAGGGGUCUUGCCUGAGCACCGGGACUCAAUUGAAGUGAAUUCAAAGAUAGCCCGUGCUAAGGGUUUAGCUAUGGAGAUGGAGAGUGGGGGCAACGUGAUUCUAAGGAACAGCUCAGUGGCUAAAUUUGUUACUACGGAUGCAGAAUCUGGCUUUGUUAGCACCCUUCGAAAUCAGCCAUUUCAUUCUGCUCUAAGGCCUAAAGUGUUGGGAGCUGGAACCAUGGUCUUGUGUGGUGUCUUUGUAUUUUGCGCGAUCAAGUGGUUUUCAAGUUUCAGGAAGAGGGAGGUGCGGUACACACAACUGGAGAAGGAAAUGAUGAGGAGGAAGAUGAAGGCUAGAAACGAGAAAGAAAUGUUGGAGAAGGGGCAUUUGGAGGUUUUUAGAGACGCUUCGGAAACGCCAGUUAAUUUCAUGCGAAGGCCUCACCUGGAUAAGCAUGCGCUUGCAAGUAGUAUCCGGCAAGCAAAGACUUCAAGCAGUGAAUUGGCAGAGCCCAAGCAGGAUCCAUUUACUCCUGUGUAUGGCUUAGCUGUUGGAUUUGAUGGUAAAAUCGAGGAAAUAAGAGAGCUGGCUAAAAGAGCUAGGGAAACUGAGGGUCGAGAGAGUUCUCUCACUGAAGGAUGUGAAGGAGAGAAGCAGGGACAGGAGUCGUUAUCUACUACAAAGGAGUUCAAGCAACGCGAUGAAGAUGCAGCUAGCUCUCCAGUUAAAUAUCACGCACAUACCGGAGGGAGCAUGCCCGCUAAUGAAUCUCAUGUGAUAUCAACACCUGAACCAGAAAGUGAUUGGGAUGCAUCCCAUAGUGAAUCAUUGGCAGAAAGAAAUGGAGACAUCAGAGCUUCCAGUGUUUCGGCCAUGGGAGAUCAUAGUGACAUUGGAAGCUGCAGGCAAGACAAGGCUACCGAGUGCAUAUCAGAUCUCUCCAAUGCACGCGAAAUCCAGUCCUUAGAUGCUCUUGAUGGUGAAGCACACCGAGGAAAUGCGGUCAGAAGGAAACCAAAGAUCAUACGGUCGGUGAAAGAAGCUAGAGAGUAUCUUUUUGACAAACCUGGUACACGAGAAGGAAAUGAAAAUUUUAAGGAGGAGGAUAUGGGAGAAAGUGAGAUUAACAGCAAUUUACGAGAGACAACCAACAUAGGCGAGCAAUCAGCUAGUGUUGGCAUGUCCGGAGGAACACCUAAUUCCAUGGUGAAUGCUAACUUCCAUGGAGAUAUGACUGCUAAGGAAUUAGAAUAUAUUCCCGAAAUGGUCGAUAAUUUGUUAAGGCAUGGUGAAGUAAAUAGAGCAUAUGAUAGCAGCAAUCCCCCGACUUGUCAGAAACAUGAAUCUAAUGGCUUGACUGCUGAGGCUGAUACAUCUGAAAAAUCUCAAAACUGGAUGGAGGAAAAUUUUAAUGUGGUUGAACCCGUUCUAGAAAAAAUUGGGGAUGGAUUUAGGAAUAAUUACAUGACUGCAAGAGAGAAAGUAAAUCAGCAGUUAAAUGUCGGUAUUGACUCGACUCAGCUUUGCCUUGAUGGAGAUACUGGUGAACUCGAGUGGAUGAAAGAUGAUAGCCUUCGGGAAAUUGUUUUUCAAGUUCGGGAUAAUGAAUUGACAGGCAAGGAUCCAUUUUAUUCCAUGGAUGCUGAAGAUAAGCGUGCUUUCUUUGCGGGUCUCGAGAAGAAAGUUGAGAAGGUGAAUGAAGAGCUAUUAAAAGUGCACGAGUACCUCCAUUCUAACAUCGAAAAUCUUGACUACGGAGCAGAUGGCGUCAGCAUAUAUGAUUCAUUGGAAAAGAUUAUUCCUCGCUGGAAAGGGCCUCCAGUGGGGAAACCGAACUAUGUCAAUAGACAUUUGGAGGAAAAGAAGGCAUCAAUGACUGGAGAGGCUCAAGUAUCGCAUCUUAUGAAGAAGGAUGAAGAGAAUUUAGUCGAGAAAUCUGCAGGGAAUGGGGAUAACACAUCUUCCUUAGCAGUCAACAGUGUAAAUAAUAUUCAGAGUAAGGAUCUAAAAAAGACCAAGAUCCUCAUAGAAGGCAGCGAUGGUUCUGUUAGAACUGGUAAAAAAUUGGGAAAGGAGUACUGGCAACAUACAAAAAAGUGGUCUCGAGGAUUUUUGGAGUCUUACAGUGCAGAGAGGGACCCAGAAGUUAAAUCUGUCAUGAAGGAUAUAGGGAAGGAUCUGGAUCGUUGGAUCACUGAAAAGGAAAUAGAGGAAGCUGCUGAACUAAUGGAUAAAUUACCCGAGACAAAUAAGGAAUAUAUUGGGAAAAAACUCAAUAAACUCAAGAGAGAGAUGGAAUUGUUUGGACCUCAAGCUGUAGUAAGCAAAUAUCAAGAGUAUGCAGAACACAAGGACGAGGAUUAUUUAUGGUGGCUAGAUCUUCCACAUGUAUUGUGCAUUGAAUUAUAUACGCAUCACAAUGGGGAGCAGAAAGUUGGAUUCUACUCAUUGGAGAUGGCUGCAGAUCUUGAAUUGGAACCGAAGCCACAUCAUGUAAUUGCUUUUGAAGAUGCUGGUGACUGCAAGAACCUGUGCUACAUUGUUCAAGCUCACAUGGACAUGCUAGGAACUGGUCAAGCAUUCAUUGUUCCUCUCCCACCCAAGGAUGCUUUUCGGGAAGCCAAAGCGAAUGGCUUUGGUGUAACUGUCAUCAGAAAAGGAGAGGUCCAGCUAAAUGUGGACCAACUUCUGGAGGAAGUGGAAGAACAGAUUACUGAGAUUGGGAGCAAAAUAUACCAUGAUAAAAUCAUGCAAGAACGUUCUGUGGAUAUAGGUGCAUUGAUGAAGGGUGUGUUUGGAGUCAACAGUAAACCCACUAAGAGGAGAAGAUUAAAGCGGGCAAGAAAAAAACCGAGCCGUCCUAGGAAAACAAAGCGGACUGCUUUUCCUACAGACGAGAGUUGAGUGGCACAGAAUGACUGUGACUUAUGAAAUCCUGAGCCGCUACAGCUUUUUCGCAGC